AUGGAGCCACCCGGCGGGGGCCUGGGGCCCGGCCGUGGUACCCGGGACAAGAAGAAGGGCCGGAGCCCAGAUGAGCUACCUUCGGCGGGCGGCGACGGCGGCAAAUCUAAGAAAUUUACUCUGAAGCGGCUCAUGGCGGAUGAGCUGGAGAGAUUUACCAGCAUGAGAAUUAAGAAGGAGAAGGAAAAGCCCAAUUCUGCUCAUAGAAAUUCUUCUGCAUCAUAUGGGGAUGAUCCUACAGCACAGUCAUUGCAAGAUGUUUCAGAUGAACAAGUUCUGGUUCUCUUUGAACAGAUGCUGCUGGAUAUGAAUCUGAAUGAGGAGAAACAGCAACCUUUGAGGGAGAAGGACAUCAUCAUCAAGAGGGAGAUGGUGUCCCAGUACUUGUAUACUUCCAAGGCUGGUAUGAGUCAGAAGGAGAGCUCUAAGUCUGCCAUGAUGUAUAUUCAGGAGUUGAGGUCAGGCUUGCGGGAUAUGCCUCUGCUCAGCUGCCUGGAGUCCCUUCGUGUCUCUCUGAACAACAACCCUGUCAGUUGGGUGCAAACAUUUGGUGCCGAAGGCUUGGCCUCCUUAUUGGACAUUCUUAAACGACUUCAUGAUGAGAAAGAAGAGACUGCUGGGAGUUACGAUAGCCGGAACAAGCAUGAGAUCAUUCGCUGCUUAAAAGCUUUUAUGAACAACAAGUUUGGAAUCAAGACCAUGUUGGAGACAGAAGAAGGAAUCCUACUACUGGUCAGAGCCAUGGAUCCUGCUGUUCCCAACAUGAUGAUUGAUGCAGCUAAGCUGCUUUCUGCUCUUUGUAUUCUACCACAACCAGAGGAUAUGAAUGAAAGGGUUUUGGAGGCAAUGACAGAAAGAGCUGAGAUGGAUGAAGUGGAACGUUUCCAGCCACUGCUGGAUGGAUUAAAAAGUGGGACCUCUAUUGCACUGAAGGUUGGAUGCCUACAGCUGAUUAAUGCUCUCAUCACACCAGCUGAAGAACUUGACUUCCGAGUUCACAUCAGAAGUGAACUGAUGCGCUUGGGGCUACAUCAGGUGUUGCAGGACCUUCGAGAGAUUGAAAAUGAUGAUAUGAGAGUGCAACUAAAUGUGUUUGAUGAACAAGGGGAAGAGGAUUCCUAUGACCUGAAGGGACGGCUGGAUGACAUUCGCAUGGAGAUGGAUGACUUUAGUGAAGUCUUCCAGAUUCUCUUAAACACAGUGAAGGAUUCAAAGGCAGAGCCAUACUUCCUUUCCAUCCUGCAGCACUUACUCUUGGUCCGAAAUGACUAUGAGGCCAGACCUCAGUACUAUAAGUUGAUUGAAGAAUGUAUUUCCCAAAUAAUUCUACACAAGAAUGGGGCUGAUCCCGACUUCAAGUGCCGGCACCUCCAGAUUGAGAUUGAGGGAUUAAUUGAUCAAAUGAUUGAUAAGACAAAGGUGGAGAAAUCUGAAGCCAAAGCUGCAGAGCUGGAAAAGAAGCUGGACUCAGAGUUAACAGCCCGACAUGAGCUACAGGUGGAAAUGAAAAAGAUGGAAAGUGACUUUGAGCAGAAGCUUCAGAAUCUUCAGGGAGAAAAGGAUGCACUGGAUUCUGAAAAGCAACAAAUUACCACAGAGAAACAGGAUCUAGAAGCAGAGGUGUCCCAGCUUACAGGAGAGGUUGCCAAGCUGACAAAGGAACUGGAAGAUGCCAAGAAAGAAAUGGCUUCCCUCUCUGCGGCAGCUGUUGCUAUACCUCCUUCUGUUCCUAGUAGUGCUACUGUUCCCCCUGCCCCUCCUUUACCUGGUGACUGUGGCACUAUUAUUCCACCACCACCUGCUCCUGGGGGUAGCACCAUAGUUCCUCCUCCUCCUCCACCACCACCUCCUUUGCCUGGGGGUGUUGGUAUCACCCUCUCACCCCUUUCUUUACCUGGGGUUACUGCUAUCUCUCCACCCCCUCCUUUGCCUGGGGGUGCUAGCAUCCCUCCACCCCCUCCUUUGCCUGGGGGUGCUAGCAUCCCUCCACCCCCUCCUUUGCCUGGUGGUGCUGGAAUCCCCCCACCACCUCCUCCCUUGCCUGGAGGAGCAGGAAUGCCACCUCCUCCUCCCCCUCUUCCUGGUGGUCCUGGAAUCCCUCCACCUCCUCCUUUUCCUGGAGGCCCUGGCAUUCCUCCGCCUCCACCCGGCAUGGGUAUGCCUCCACCUCCCCCAUUUGGAUUUGGAGUUCCUGCAGCCCCAGUUCUGCCAUUUGGAUUAACCCCCAAAAAGCUUUAUAAGCCAGAGGUGCAGCUCCGGAGGCCAAACUGGUCCAAGUUUGUGGCUGAGGACCUCUCCCAGGACUGCUUCUGGACAAAGGUGAAGGAGGACCGCUUUGAGAACAAUGAACUUUUUGCCAAACUUACCCUUACGUUCUCUGCCCAGACCAAGACUUCCAAAGCCAAGAAGGAUCAAGAGGGUGGAGAAGAAAAGAAGUCUGUGCAAAAGAAAAAAGUAAAAGAGUUAAAGGUGUUGGAUUCAAAGACAGCCCAGAAUCUCUCAAUCUUUUUGGGUUCCUUCCGCAUGCCCUAUCAAGAGAUUAAGAAUGUCAUCCUGGAGGUGAAUGAGGCUGUUCUGACUGAGUCUAUGAUCCAGAACCUCAUUAAGCAAAUGCCAGAGCCAGAGCAAUUAAAAAUGCUUUCUGAACUGAAGGAUGAAUAUGAUGACCUGGCUGAGUCAGAGCAGUUUGGCGUGGUGAUGGGCACGGUGCCCCGACUGCGGCCUCGCCUCAAUGCCAUUCUCUUCAAGCUACAAUUCAGCGAGCAAGUGGAGAAUAUCAAGCCAGAGAUUGUGUCUGUCACUGCUGCAUGUGAGGAGUUACGCAAGAGUGAGAGCUUUUCCAGUCUCCUAGAGAUUACCUUGCUUGUUGGAAACUACAUGAAUGCUGGCUCCAGAAAUGCUGGUGCUUUUGGCUUCAAUAUCAGCUUCCUCUGUAAGCUUCGAGACACCAAGUCCACAGAUCAGAAGAUGACGUUGUUACACUUCUUGGCUGAGUUGUGCGAGAAUGACUAUCCUGAUGUCCUCAAGUUUCCAGACGAGCUUGCCCAUGUGGAGAAAGCCAGCCGAGUUUCUGCUGAAAACUUGCAAAAGAACCUAGAUCAGAUGAAGAAACAAAUUUCUGAUGUCGAACGUGAUGUUCAGAAUUUCCCAGCUGCCACAGAUGAAAAAGACAAGUUUGUUGAAAAAAUGACCAGCUUUGUGAAGGAUGCCCAGGAACAGUAUAACAAGCUGCGGAUGAUGCAUUCUAACAUGGAGACCCUCUAUAAGGAGCUGGGCGAGUACUUCCUCUUUGACCCCAAGAAGUUGUCUAUUGAAGAAUUUUUCAUGGAUCUUCACAAUUUUCGGAAUAUGUUUUUGCAAGCAGUCAAGGAGAACCAGAAGCGGCGGGAGACAGAAGAAAAGAUGAAGCGAGCAAAACUAGCCAAGGAGAAGGCAGAGAAGGAGCGGCUAGAGAAGCAGCAGAAGAGAGAGCAGCUUAUAGACAUGAAUGCAGAGGGUGAUGAGACAGGUGUAAUGGACAGUCUUCUAGAAGCCCUGCAGUCAGGGGCAGCAUUCCGACGGAAGAGAGGACCCCGUCAAGACAACCUCUUGUGCCCCUGGGAAAUAGAGGAGGAGGAGGAGGAGGAUACCUUUAAAUUGCCAACAGGAAGGCCGGGUGUGCAGUCACAUCUCUGCUAGCUUCGGAGCUGAUCAAGGACGAUGCCAUGACCUCUGUUCCAGCCAAGGUGCACAAGAAGAGUGAGGCAGUCCCUACAAUCCUUGAGGAAGCCAUGGAGUUGGUUGGCCGUGCAAGCUAAUACGAGUCCUGUGACCGUGGCAGCUCCUCAGUGGAGCCCCAGACUGUCCUGUCCUGCAGCAUGUGCCUAAAGGCUCAAGGGGAUAUUCCUCUGGGGCGGCCACUUCCACCACCCUGACCCUGUCUUUCUCUCUGGCCUGCUGCUCUCUGAACAUCACAUACAGCUUCAGCUUGCCUGGAGGCCAGAAGGAAAGGGCAGUGUGGGGGAGGCCUGAGACCAACCCAGCUAGCCCUAGCUGUUGUAUUACCAAAGCAGGGUCCGUGUUUGCUGCCUUAACCCUGUCUCCUGUCUAAUACUCAGAGGGCCUCAUCUCAGAAAAGGCCCAGCCUGCUUUUUUUCAGCCCUGACUUUCUAAUGGGCUUUCUCCCUAGGUCAAUCUUGCUGGGUUUGUGCUUUUCUUUUGUGGUUUCUCUGGCCCUGAGAACAGCAUGGGGCUUGUAAACCUUUGGGCUAGAUCCUGCCUUUCACUGCUGUCGUCUCUGCUCUUCCCUCUCCUGGCUGUGGUUAUUUAUUAUUAGUGGUGUGGCGCUGGGAGAUGCUCCUAAGGAAGCAGGGAGCAAAUCCCACCUUUACCCCACCUUCCUGGGAAAGGCCUUCAAAACAAAGGAUCAGGACCACUUUCCCUGUUGUUCUGUGGCCCAGGCUAGAGUCUGUGGGCGGGCAGGCAGGCAGGCAGGCAGGGCAUAGCGACAGUGUGGGACCUGCCCCAAGCAUCUGUCACACUUUAUGCCCUUGCCUCUCUGGACCCUCCGCACCAACCCCAGGCUACUGAGCCACGCUCCCUCCUCAUGCCUCCCCUGGAGCUUUGGUGCAUCUCAUCUGGACUAUGGGUUGUGUUGUGACCAUCCCAACCCCUCACCCUCUGUCUACAAGGAAAUGGGAGGUGGAGCCUCCUGGCUGAGAAAUUGUUUUGCAAAUGGAUCUAUUUUUGUAUGAAAAAAAUUUUUUUAAAGAAAACUCUUCCUUCCCCCUUUCCCUUCCAUAAUGUAAGAAGCUUUGAUGGCAGGUUCCAGAGUUCCUGGGAUUUCUCCUCACGGCCCAAUCCUGAAUGUGCCCCUGGACCUUCUGGACCCUUGAGGCCAAGGCAGAUCCUCUCUCCCAGAGAAUCUGGGGCAGAAGGAGCUUCCCCUUCUCUGGUUGAGCUGAAUCAGGCCUAAGAGUAGUGGGAGCUCUAAGACCAGAGUUUUUAUCAAUGUAUAAAUGUAUCAAACCAAAUGUGCAGAUGCUAACUGAACGUUCUGGGGAAGUGGGCACAAGGAAUGCCUUUAUACACUGCACCCCAUCUCUCCUAAAAGAUAAGUGGGCACACUGAACUGUUUGGUGGCUCCAGCCACAGGAAGCUCCAGUUCUCUGGCGGAGGGUGACAGUUUUGCCCUCCUUGUGCCCCUCUCAGCUUUCCAUCCCCAGCUAGGAAGAAAGAAUGGCACUCUUGGGCUUGGCCUAGAAUUAGAAUUGUUAGAGCCAGAGGAAGCUUAGGAAACAUGAGGGUAGCUACAGUGAGGCCUUAACUGGCAGGGGCGCUUGCGUAUAAAGGGGCAGCGGCAGCUCCUUUGGGCUAUUCCUGGGAAGACUCUGAUGCAGGGCAUCUGUUGCUCCCCUAGGUCACCUCCUUCUCCCUGCUCGCUGACAUCUGGGGCUUUGACCCUUUCUUUUUUAAUCUACUUUUGCUAAGAUGCAUUUAAUAAAAAACAUAAAAAGUGAAAAAAAGAGGGGUGGGGGACAAAUUGCAAAUCUAUUUCCCUUGCCUCUUAGGGUUCUGGAUGUCAUCACCUCCAGUUUGUUGGUUUUGUUUCCAACUGUUAAUAAAGCAUUGAAACAGUACUGC